UAGAACACUCUUUGCAAUUGGUGGGGAAAAACAUGGAAGUCAACAAGGACGAAGCACUCAGGUGCCUCAAAAUUGCUCGAGAUAAAUUGGAGGCGGGUGAAGUUUCUGGUGCAAUUAAGUUCGCGCGAAAGUCUGUAAGCUUGUUCCCGACAACGGAAGCAGAGGCGUUUCUGAAACGGGCAGAGUCAACCAAGACAACGAGCAAUCGAGAAAGUAGCAGUCACCAAUCGCCUCCAACCUCGCCGUCGAGUCCUUCCAGGGAACAUAAACAAGGAAGGCAAACUCGAGAGUACACAAUGGAGCAAGUAGAAGCAGUCAAGCGAAUAAGGUCUUGCGGAGUAAACGAUUAUUAUUCCAUACUGUCGAUAAGAAAAGAAUCUUCUGACGCAGAGGUUAAGAAGGCAUACCGAAAGUUGGCUUUGCAGAUGCACCCAGAUAAGAAUGGAGCACCAGGAGCUGAUGAAGCUUUUAAAACAUUCCAAAUACUUAGUGACCCACAGAAACGGGCGAUAUAUGAUGAACACGGGGCCGAUCCGGAUUCGCGAAGCACCGGAAUGCCAUCUGGAUUUGGAGGGGCUCGUUUCAAUAACGGAUUCGCAAACGGAGCCGUGUUUACGGAAGAAAUGUCACCAGAGGACCUAUUCAAUAUGUUCUUCAGCGGGGAUGAAUCCCGACACACCCGAUCACUAUAUGUUCCAUACUUUGUUGAACCAAAUCAAUUUGCAAGUUUUGCUCAGAAUCCACGGAAAUUGCAACAGUUUGAAGAUGGUAUUGAAAUUAAGUUUGUAAAGUCAUUGACAAAUGAGUGUAAUAAUGAGUUAGUGAUGAAGCAACGAAAGGUGAAUGAGGCGAAGGGAUGGUUGUUCCCCGACGAAGAAAAACUAAAAAGCGCCCAGAACACAAAGUUGCCGAGUUGUGAAAAACUCAUGGAGCUCAGUAAGUCGCAAAGAUACAAGGAGAUUCGAAACAUGAUGGUCAGACAAUGA